UGCGCGUCCUUCUUCGACCACGAAAAAUAAAAAUAAGAAAAAACAAACGAAAAAAGGAAGUUUGACGCAGCGACCAGAUCCGGAUUGAGAAGAUUUUCCACUUCGAAGUCAGUCUUCUUCUUCUUCAGUAGUAUCGGGCUUCUUAGGGCUCCGAUCUGCUUCAUCAGUUUGAUUUUUUUUCCUGAGAGAGAAGAGCAAGAAUGUCGAACCAGAUCAGAUCAUCUUCGUCUCUGAUCCAACGACUCAAACAGGGGAUGAUAAACCCGGCGUUGCAUACGCAGACCAGAUGGUUCACUCCGAUCGAGGGCCAUAGACCUACCAUUGUUCACAAGCGCAGCCUCGAUAUACUCCACGAUCCUUGGUUUAAUAAGGGAACAGCAUUUUCCAUGACGGAACGGGAUCGUCUCGAUCUUCGGGGACUUCUUCCUCCAAAUGUCAUGUCUUCAGAACAACAAAUUGAACGCUUCAUGGUUGACCUGAAGAGGCUUGAAGUUCAAGCAAGAGAUGGACCAUCUGAUCCAAAUGCAUUGGCUAAGUGGCGAAUACUUAAUCGGUUGCAUGAUCGGAAUGAGACAAUGUACUAUAAGGUUCUUAUUGCUAACAUUGAGGAAUAUGCACCCGUCGUGUAUACUCCGACUGUUGGUCUUGUCUGCCAGAACUAUGGCGGGUUGUUUAGAAGGCCUAGGGGUAUGUAUUUCAGUGCUGAAGAUCGUGGAGAGAUGAUGUCUAUGGUUUAUAACUGGCCGGCUGAGCAGGUUGAUAUGAUUGUCGUGACGGAUGGGAGCAGAAUAUUGGGUCUUGGAGAUCUUGGAGUUCAGGGAAUGGGAAUUGGAGUUGGAAAGCUAGAUUUAUAUGUUGCUGCUGCUGGAAUAAAUCCUCAAAGGGUUCUUCCUGUCAUGAUUGAUGUUGGGACAAACAAUGAGAAGCUUCUGAAAGACCCUUUGUAUUUGGGAUUGCAAGAACACCGCCUUGAUGGCGAUGAGUAUGUUGCGGUCAUUGAUGAGUUCAUGGAGGCAGUAUUUACUCGUUGGCCGAAUGUGAUUGUGCAGUUUGAAGAUUUCCAAAGCAAAUGGGCCUUUAAGUUGUUGCAACGGUAUAGAAAUACCUAUCGAAUGUUUAACGAUGAUGUCCAGGGUACAGCAGGAGUCGCGCUUGCUGGUCUUCUAGGUGCUGUAAGAGCACAAGGAAGGCCGAUGAUUGAUUUUCCAAAACAAAAGAUUGUUGUUGCUGGUGCUGGAAGUGCAGGAAUUGGAGUUCUCAAUGCUGCUAGGAAAACCAUGGCAAGGAUGUUGGGAAAUAAUGAGUCUGCUUUUAAUAGUGCAACGAGUCAAUUCUGGGUAGUUGAUGCUGAGGGUCUCAUCACACAGUCACGCGAAAAUAUUGAUGCAGAUGCACUUCCAUUUGCCAAGAAAGUCAAAGAAUCUGACCGGCAAGGCCUCAGAGAAGGCGCAAGUCUUGUGGAAGUGGUACGGCAAGUGAAGCCCGAUGUGCUUCUUGGAUUAUCAGCUGUUGGUGGACUGUUCUCUGAAGAGGUAUUGGAGGCCCUCAAAGGUUCAACUUCUACUAGACCUGCCAUCUUUGCAAUGUCAAAUCCUACAAAAAAUGCGGAAUGCACCCCUGGAGAAGCAUUUUCCAUUGUGGGUGAUAAUGUUAUAUUUGCUAGUGGAAGCCCAUUCAAAGAUGUGGAUCUUGGAAAUGGACAUAUUGGCCACAGCAAUCAGGGAAACAACAUGUAUCUCUUUCCAGGUAUUGGACUUGGUACUCUUCUUUCUGGCUCUAGGAUCAUCUCCGAUGGCAUGCUACAGGCUGCAGCAGAGUGCUUAGCUGCAUACAUGACUGAAGACGAGGUUGUCAGGGGAAUCAUAUAUCCUUCAAUAUCUCGUAUACGGGAUAUAACAAAGGAGGUAGCUGCUGCUGUGGUGAAAGAAGCAAUAGAAGAGGACCUAGCGGAAGGAUAUCGCGACAUGGAUGCUCGCGAGCUUCGGAAACUUAAUCGGGAGGAACUUCUAAAUUAUGUCAAGGACAACAUGUGGAGUCCAGAAUACCCCACAUUAGUUUACAAGAAUGAUUGAAACUUCAUCCUCCCUGAAACAAAAAUGAAAAGCUUCCAUCAAUUCGUCCUGCGUUGCAAGGCGUGAUCAAAGAGCAAUGCCAAAUGCAACUCUUGAAGGUUGUUUUUUGUCCGGACCAUGAUAAAAGUACAUGUGGGAAUUUAGUGUAUCUUUAUUUUGAGGAUUAUUUGUUUCCUGGUCACUCUCCGUGGUAAAAGUGAUCUCUUAUUAUAUUUUGUCCAAAGCCUAACAAUUUUUCCUUGUAUUCUAAGAUUGUUGUAAAGCUUCCUGGAUUUUCUUUUCUUUUCUGGAUAUCACUGUAAUAACAACAAUAAAGCAUGCCCUGGAACUUCACUGUUAUUGCUAUGUAACUAUGUAAGUGAAAUUCAGAACAGAUUAAAGCCAAGCUAAAAGUAUUUGGGCCUUUUAUUUUA